AUGCUCUUUUUCCUUUUCUUAUUCCAAUUUUCCUGUUCCUAUUUUUUCUUUCUUUUAAAAUCCUUUUAUUUUUUCCUUCUAUUUUUCAUUUUCGUUUCUAUCAACUUCCAAACUUUCUUUCUCCUUUCCAUUUCUAUCACCUUCCAUAAUUUCUUUCCCGUUUUUAUUUCUAUCAAUUUCCAUACUUUCUUUCUCGUAUUCAUUUUUAUCACCUUCCAUACUUUCUUUCUCAUUAUUCUUUCUAUCACCUUUCCUAAAUUAUCUUCUCGUUUACAUUUCUGUCACCUUCCAUACUUUCUUUCUCGUUUUCAUUUCUAUCACCUUCCAUACUUACGUUCUUCUUUUUAUUCCAAUCAGCUUUUCUAUUUUUUCUCAUUUUUUGGGGGUGGCCUUCUGAUCAUCUACAUUCAUAUGUUUUUCUUAUUUUCAUUCUCUGAUUUUCUUUCUUUACAAACAUCAUUCACUCGAUUUUUUCUCCUUUUUUUUUCAUUCAAGAUUUCUUUUUCCUUCUGCAUCAUUUCUUGUGAACAAAGCAUUUUUUUUCUUUCUUUUAUAUUUCCUUUUAGUCUGACUUUUUUUGUAAUUCAUUCUUCUUCUAUUUCUUCGUUGACUUUUUGUUGUUUCGUUUGUGCUUUCUUCCAUUAA